AUGCGGCCACUUCGAUUUAUAUUGUUACUCGCCUUCUUCGUCGCCCUCCCUAUAUUUUUGACCUGCUGGUCCCUCCUCUCAUCCCACGAUGCCUCUGCCGAUCGCUUUCGAGUCGGUUAUACCGAGGGCACCAGCCGCCUAAGAGCCUUCUUUUCAUUUUCCACCCCUUCCUCAUUAUUCCCGCCGUCCGCUCUAAUAAGCCUCACGAGCGACAACUCGACCUUCUUCCUGGCUAGGCCCGCCGCGUUUGGCCCGAGCCUUCCCACAAAAGGGUUGAGCGGAGAGUUGUGGGUGGGGCGAGGAUUUGGCGACGAGGCAAUUCUGGACGAAGAAGAUCUGCACGCGGCAGGCUGGGAAUUGGGCUGCUCAGAUGUGCCUGGGUGGCGCGAAGAUGAGAGAAAGAGGCUCGAGAGACUUGCCCUUGCCGAGAAACCCGCAAAGCGAUCCAUUGACGCCGUCGAACAAGAUAGCGACGCAUUGACUGCCGAAGAGUCAUCCGACUCGACACCUUCUACUGACGAUGGCACGGAUGACUAUCUACACCGGCCCCUUCCUGACUCUAACCCAGCUAAGCCUGGCAAGCUUGGAGAGCCUGCCAAUGCCGAUGCUACUAAGGGGAAACAACCUACCCACGCUGAUAUCGAGUCGUUGCAAGAGAGUGCUGAUAUUGCUGGCAAGAUCGUUCUUCUCGCUCGUGGCGGCUGUGGCUUUCUGGAGAAGGUCAAGUGGGUCCAGCGACGUGGUGGCGUAGCCCUUAUAGUUGGAGAUCGGGAAAAGGGCGCUUCAUUGACAAUCAUGUACGCCAAAGGGGACACCUCCAACGUCACCAUCCCGUCCAUCUUCACCUCCUGGAAUGCAGCCCACUUGCUGUCCAGUAUGGUCCCAGCUAAGGACCAAUCCGAUGUCGUUGACGCUAAGAACGAUAAAGCGCAAGCUCAAGGGAACAAGCCUGUGUUCACUUCCACCACGUCUACUGCUCCUACCAGCACCACAACGCCGGUCGAUCCUGACGACCCUCACGGCUGGAUGCAAGACACUCUUGCUGCUAUUGGACUUGCUGACAACAACUGGCACCAAGAGGAUACUAGGCGUCCUCCAGGGAGCGGCAACAUCCAAUGGGUUUUGGCAGAGAAUUGGGAUGAUGAUGUCCAAGGCAAGGCUGAUGCGAAGGACGACGACCAGACCUUGACCCGUACCACGACCAAGAUUGCUAAGAACGCAAAAGCGACUGCCACCACUGCGACUGCAAAGUCUAAGAACGGGAAUGUAGGAGCAGACGAUUUUGUCAUUGGCGUUCAGGACUGGCGAGAUACGCAAUUGCUGGAGCCAAAAGUCACGACAACAGCAACCGGAAAAGCCGCCGCGAAAGACGCAAAGGUCAAAACCGAUACGGCAGUAGUUGCGAAAGGGCCUCAGGCUACCGAGACUGUUCUGAAAGGUGGAAGUAUCACUCCUGGAAGUGGCGAGUAUGACCAUUCCAAACUCGACCAAGCAGGACAGCCGAGAGACAAGGUUGCUGCCGACGGGUCCCGCAGGCAGGGUGCUUCAGAGAAGCAGUCCGCAGGGUCUAAGACUGGUGGUUGGUUCUCGUGGCUCAAGUCCAAGCCCAAGGCGGCUCCCACUCCGCAAACCGUCAAAGCAACGAACACAUCUCCAGCCAAGCAGCCCACCAAGAAGCCAAAGGAGAAGCCAGAGCCAGAGGCUCUCUGGGUCACCCUGACACCAACCAGUGUCUCUACCAGCCCAUUCUUUGAUACACUGCUUGUGCUUGUUGUGAGCCCUCUGGUGACGUUGACCGUCGUCUACGCCCUACUUCUGCUUAGAUCCCGGAUACGGCGGAGACGCUGGAGAGCUCCUAAAUCUGUGGUAGAAAGGCUGCCGGUGCGGACAUACCACACUAUGACCACGUCGUCGUCGACCACGUCGUCGCAGGUUGCAUCCCCGAACCAGUCGAACGCAGCAUCCCCUCUGCUACUUCCAGCUACCCAAGAAGUAAGUGGAAGACCGAGACCUAGGUCGCAAACGACAAGUUCAGUACUGCCCCCUCAAGAAUCUUCACGCUCUAUGUCGCUCAGUCCGCCCUCGGAGAAACCAAAAACGACCAGCAAGCGCAGGAGAUAUAACGGACGACAAGUCGAGUGCGUUGUCUGCUUGGAGGAAUAUGUGGACGGCGAGUCUCGUGUUAUGUCUUUACCGUGCGGUCACGAAUUCCACGCCGACUGCAUCACGCCCUGGUUGGUUAAUCGCCGGCGAACCUGUCCUAUCUGCAAAGGCGAUGUGGUUAGGAGCAUGGCUCGAGGUGUUCAUGACGAUUCCGGAGCCGACCGAGACCUGACAAGCGAAGAAGUACAGUCACGUGCUGCCGACACAGUAAACGAAGAGCCAAGCUCGGCAAUACCCAUUCCUUUGCGAGAAGAAGAGUCAGAAGAUGAAGACGUGGAACGUGGUCAAAACAUUGAUGAACCUCUGUUAGGUGGUCCGCAAACAGAGCCGCCAUCGGCUUGGCGAAACAUCCUUGCAACGAGCCUCAGCAGACUGAGUGGCGAGACGGUGUGGCGGCAGACACCAAGCGACCGUAGCCGCUGA